UAUCCCGAAGCCGGCGUUACUAGCUGAACGCGGCGGGAGGGAGGUCGUCAGAAACUCUGGUUGCGAUCUGCGCGGAAAGCGGGCCGGUGUGACUUUGGAGAUUUCAAGCAAGAAAACUUACUGGAUAUUUCGUAGAAAGGAAUCAACGGCCAGAGUUACUCACACAGUGCGGUUGCUGUAGGCGUGGAGGCAAGAUGGCAGCUCCCGUCUUCACCCGUGCCGUGAGAGCCGCGUCAGGAAUCUUACGGCCCCUGAAUAUUUUGAUGUCUUCAGCCUAUGGAAACUGUGCCAAGAAUGCCUGCCUUAGUUCUGCACUGUCCACCCGACAGUUUCGUUAUAUGCAGACACCAGUUGUUUCAUCUGCUCCCAGACUUACCACAUCUGUCAGAAACCUGACAUGUGGGCAUACUGCAACAAUGCUCAAUAGAGUGACCCCCUUGCUUUCAAAUGUCCUGAAGCUACCAGUCAGAAAUGUAAUGUACUUCAGCGCACGAAAAGGCAAGAGAAAGACUGUGAAAGCUGUCAUCGAUAGGUUUCUUCGACUUCAUUCUGGCCUUUGGCUAAGGAGGAAGGCUGGUUAUAAGAAAAAAUUAUGGAAAAAGACACCUGCAAGAAAAAGACGCCUGAGGGAAUUUGUGUUCUGCAAUAAAACCCAGAGUAAGCUCUUAGAUAAAAUGACAACAUCUUUCUGGAAGAGGCGUAACUGGUAUGCUGAUGAUCCUUAUCAGAAGUAUCAUGAUCGAACAAACUUGAAAGUAUAGACCAAAAAUUUUAUGAUUCUCAGUUAUUGAAUAUGUAUAUUUGUGUAUGUGAUGUCUUUGCAAAAAUGAGUAAGUAUAAUACUUGAUGUAAAUUAUGCCAACUGGCAUGGAAACAUAUGAUACCAAUAUUAAACUUAUGAAAGUUUUAAAACUUAAUAGAUUAAAUAUUCCCAGAUCUGUUCAAGAACAGAGGAGUUUAAAAUUGUUGAUUAUUUUAACAAAUGGUAAUGGCUUAAUUAGUUCUUCCAGUUAGGCUUAUUUAGUUGCAAGGAAUCCAAGUUAGGACAGACAUAGGAAGACUAUAAAAAGCAAGUUAACUGAAGCAGUGUGACAUUAUUUUAAGGGUGAGUACCUGGAAACUCAGGAACCACCUCACCAGCCCCAUCUCCCACCAGAACUAACCGCCAGGCAUCCGGAAGAGCAGAAAUUAUAUUGAUCCACCUCUAAGGGCCUCAGCAACAGGAAGUGGUAACUCUCAUAGUAACUCUAACGUGCACCUUUCAGGUUGUUUUCCACAUCAUGAUCCUCAGCCCCUACUCCAGUUCCUAAUGUCAAGAGCCUCAAACUACUCCAGCUUAUCUUUUUACACCAGGUCUCAUCAAGGAUCAUUGACCAAUGUAGGGACUGGCUGUUCUUAGGUCAGGAGCCCACCCUGGCCCACUGGUUGUGUUAGCAGGUUCACAUGAAGCAAAAAGUAGUUAUGUGAGCAGUUUCACUUAAAGGUAGACAAGGGACGGCAAUACCCAUUGUGGCAUACUAGGUUCACUGUGCUCAUUACUGUUCUCACUUAGUUUAUUAAAUUAGGAUUUUUUUAUGGAAAGGUGUAUAUGAAAUAGUCUUUCAGUAUGCCCAUUCAUGAAAUAGAAGAGGCUGUACAAGUGAACACAACUUCUUACCCAAAAGUUGAAGAUGCAGUAUUUUCUAAAAGUUAACCUACUUCUCUAAUAGUAGAAAAGUAGUCUAAUAGAAUUAGAUUCCAUAUUUCUAAUUGUAAGGAUAAACUUUUUCAAACUUUCCAAAGAUGCAUUGUAUAAACUAAGGGGAGAAAAGUAAUCUGAAUCAUUUUAGAAAUGACACGAGUUCAGCAUUGUUCCGUGGGAGAAGAGGGUCUGGUAAGAGGCACUGAGAAAAAUUAAAUUAACUGAGUAGUUAGAGACUAGGGCAGUGGUUCUCAGCUCUCCUUUCAGAAUCAUCCGGGAAGCAUUUUCAGACAAACAGAGCACUUUGCCUGGUUGAAAAACCACCCAGAGCUCCCUCAACUUACAGGGUUAUAUUCUAACAAACCCAUUGUAAGUUGAAAAUUUCCUAAGUUGAAAAUGCAUUUAAUAUGCCUAACCUAUCAUACAUCAUGACUUAACUAGACUACCUUGAACAUAUUCAGAACACUUAAUUAGCCUAAAGUUGGGCAAAAUCAUCUAACACAAAGCCAACUUUACAGUAAAGUGUUGAAUGUCUCACGUACUUGAAUAAUAUACUGAAAGAGAAAAACAAUGGUUUUUUAGAAUCAGGUGAGUACAGAAUGGUUGUAAAUAUAUUGGUUGUUUAACUUCAUGAUCUGGCUGACUGGGAGAUGGGGCUCACUGCCACUGUCCGGCGUCACAGGAUAGUAUCCUAGCACAUACUGCUAGCCUGGGAAAAGAUCCAAAUUCAAAGUUCCAAGCAUGGUUUCUACUGAAUACAUAUUGCUCUCACACCAUUAGACAGUUGAAAAAUCAUGAAUUGAAGCAUCCUAAGUCCGCGUCUGUCUGUGUUAAACAGAACUACACCUCAUUUCCUCUUCAGAUUCUUUAAUAUAAUAGUUGAAGAAGUUCUUCUAUUGUUAAAAGAAUAAGGUAAAAGAUGACCAAAUUGGGGUUCUGUGGCAUGUCAGAGUAGGAUUAUAAGAGGAAUUCCUUGAAGCCAGCAUGUGGUAGCAGGACUUAUCAUUGACACUGACUUUAUAGUUUGGCAUCGAAACACCUUUCAUUUAAAUAAAUGGUCUACCUAAACACAUUCAACUGUAUGUAAAAGUAUAGCUUAUUGAACACCUAUUUUGUCCCAGCAGAAAGAUGGGCAUUUAACUACAGAACUCAUACCAACCUUGCAAAGGAGCUAUUAUUUGUCUGUGGUUUAGAUCUGAAGAAACUGAAGGUUACGGAGGUUAAGUAAAUUAUGCAAAACAACAGCUAAGUAGCAGAACCUAGGUCUAACUUCUUGGAAUCCCAUGAAUUUCCCUGAAGUCUUCUAACAGUAUAUGACAAUAUCUAAUCAACAAGUGACUAAUCUAGCACUAUAAAUAAAAUAUUUCAUAAUACUGUACCAAGUCAGCUUUUAAAUGUAACUUUGUUCUUCUGUUGUUUGUUACCUCUUAACCUAGCUAAUCUCUAUUCGGUUGACAUUGGACUUGACUCAGUAAAUAAAUAAAUGACUUUGAGCCUUUCCAUCUCUUCA